GUUCAAUUAAAUUGUGAUUACUCGAAAAAAGAUGGGUCGAACAAUUUUAGCCGACGACAGAAUUCAAGCAUAUGUUGAUAAACUACUGUCCUCAAAUACUUGGUUUCUAGGCACAAUCAUCGGCAAACUAACAAACCAGAAGGAUUACGCUGUCCACAUUGUAAAAACUCCGGAACCGCUGGAAGAUUCUGCCUCAGUUGAUCAGGAGCCAGAGGAAGGCUCCCAAAAUCCUCGACAAAAAUCCCAGACCAGGCCGGCAGAGUUGGCAGACAUUAAAGAGCAAUGGGCCGCAACUCAUGCCAAGCAGGUGUCCAUGAUGUUGCCAGGUGGUCUCGACAUCAUUGGUAUAUUUGCUGUGGCCCCUCCAGCUAUGAUGCAGGCUGCUCAGGUUAAACUGAGACAGAUUCUGUUUGCAAUACAGAAACAAGAGAAGAAGUCUAGUGUUGCUGACCUGGGUCAUGACAUAGGAGAAAGAAUAUUGUUACAAAUAUGUUCAACCACAAGAAAAUACACAUGCAGAACAAUAGACGUGCAGGAUCCAAAGAGUGCAUUUCGCCCAGCGGAGUGGAGAAGUCAGUCGACCGGUGAGAGGUGGCUGCGACUGGAGGCAGAGCUGGCACUCAACAUCCCCAUCUAUGUCUCCAGCAAGAUGAAGGGCACAAACCUAGCAAAACAGAUACAGACUGGUUUACAACCAUACUUCAAAAGUGUGUGUACUAGUCUGAUGCUGGUGGAUAACACAUUGAGACAGGAAAUGGAAAUACUAGACCAGUCCACUGACAGGAAGGGAAAGUCUAAAGAUAUAUCUGCUAAUCAGUCUAGCUACAGUUGUAACAUCUUUUUAAAACAUCCCAGCAGUCCGGACACCACAGAGCCCAGUGUGAUUGACUGUACGACACAGUUGGUUAUCAAGGGCAAGAUUCAUGGCCGGGCUUAUGUUAUUGGGAAAGCCACAGUAAAAGAUGCACAAAACACAAUGCGUACAGAUAUCAUUCGCAGUAUUCAGUCUCGAUGUGAGCUCCUAUCAGAUGAUAUACAGGUGGUGGAGGACGAUAUAGAGACCCAUGAGGUGUACAGCACUCCACGCAGGGUGUUCUUCCAGCUGCCAGGCUCCAGUCUCCAGCUCUGUGACUACAUGUUCCAAGACGAGAAGUUCACGGAGGUCAGAGGACGGGUACAGGAGCUACUUGACCUGACCUUGGAGGAGGAGGAUCUUGACCUUUCCUUUGAACGACCUGCCACGGAGGAGGACUGUUGUGAGUUGAGUGUAGCCCCAGGGCAGAGUAGUGCAGCAAGUGCAGAGGUUACCAAGAGCAACCAGGGGGUUACAUACUACAUAAUGGCAGGUGUUGGUGGUGCACUGGCUCUGGCAGCAGCGGUGGUGUCAUAUCUCAACACACCUGACACAUAAUUAAUGGUUGGAGCAUUGCAAGAGGACUGUGUGUUAAGAGCUGUAAAUGGACAAUAGUCAAAGAAGAUAUAAUUGUAAUGUGUUAAUUGCCUUGACAUUUUGUCGACAAUAUACAUGUUUUUGUUAAUGUAAAUUGUUUAUUUAAACUUUAUUUUUGACCAAUAAAUCUAUUAAGUAUUGUUUACGAAUAAAUCAAAGUACUAUA